AUGGGUGGUGGCCGAGAAAACAGCAUCGGCGUCCAAGCGGCAGCAGCGGCCGGCCGGAGGUAUAUCGGCGGAUGCGGCGGCGGCAGUGGUGGUGGUGGUGGCUCGGAUAGCGCGACAUGGGCCGCAAAUUCGCGUCAUCGUCACCGCUUCGUCCGCUGUUCAGCGCCGAAAUUCAGUUACGACGAUGCUCUCCAAGGUGGAAGUCGACAUUUUUCGACGGCUCAGCGACGAAUGCCGCAUACAAGCACAUGCGCACAGCCAGCCAGCUCAGCUCCCAAUCGAAUGACGAGCAACGACUCGGGGAUUAACUUUGGCGGCGAGUCUCAACCGCGAGGAUGCACAACGCCGAGCCAUGAAACCCUCGCAUUGAUACUCUCCCCCGAAAAUGCGACUCGAUGA